CGGGUGCACCGAGUGACUCUCUAUCUCCUCAGCUGACUGACUGACCGACCCGUCUGUCUCUUCAUCUGUCUGUCUGUGGCCUGAAGCUGCCUCGAGUUCCGAAAGAAAUUUAGAAACAGCCUGGAUUCAAUCAAACACACACCAUUGCCUAUUUCAGAACAUCUGGACCUGCUGCUGCUGACCGCUGAUGGCUAUACCUGGGAGACAAGUACCUUGCUAAAAAGGCAACUCAACGAUACCCAGAGAGAAGGGCAGGAGAGGCUUGAGCUGCUUUCAUCAGGAUUCUCUCAGGCUGUGAUUUCCACUUAGUCCUUGGACCUGCAGGUCUGCACUCUGCCUCCUGAACCAGGUUUUGUGGGUGGGCUUUAAAUCCUAUAUUGAGCUGUGAUUGGAUAUGGCAGACUGGAGCCUACUGGGGAACUUUCUGGAGGAGGUACAAGAACAUUCUACCUCUGUUGGCAAGGUGUGGCUGACCAUCUUGUUUAUCUUCCGCAUCCUGGUACUGGGGACGGCCGCUGAGUCGUCAUGGGGUGAUGAACAGGAAGAUUUUAACUGUGACACUGAACAACCAGGCUGUGAGAACGUUUGUUACGACCGAGCAUUCCCUAUAGCGCACAUACGAUACUGGGUGCUUCAGAUCGUCUUUGUUUCCACUCCCAGUCUAAUCUACAUGGGCCACGCCAUGCACACGGUUCGCAGAGAGGAGAAGAGGAGGAACAGAGAAGAGGAGAGAGAAAAGAGGGGAGUGAUGGAGGCAGACCCAGGAGGAGGAGGAGGAGGAGGAGAGGAACAGGAAGUGGAAGACGAAGGGGAACAGGAGAACAGGGACGGUAGAUCAGGAGGUCGAGUCCGUCUAAAGGGGGCAUUGUUGCAGACGUACAUACUAAGUAUUCUGAUACGCAGCAUCAUGGAGGUGGUGUUCCUGUGCCUGCAGUACUUCCUGUAUGGAAUUUUCCUGAAUCCUCUCUAUGUGUGCAAGGCAUGGCCAUGUCCACAUCCAGUGAACUGCUACGUGUCCAGACCCACUGAGAAAAAUGUCUUCAUAGUCUUCAUGCUGACUGUGUCCGCCGUGUCCCUCAUCCUCAGUGUCCUUGAACUCUAUCACCUCGCUUGGAGGCACUGCUGCAGGCGGUUCUUCACCAAGAAACCUGCCACCCUGACUGAUGCCUCACUAGUCCGCCAAAUCUCGUUAUCUCUUCCACCACCGUCACCUCCUCAUCCAGAGUUUAGCCACUGUGUGAUUGGCUCCUCACACUUCCUACCGCUACCCUUCCCCAACCACCGAUUGGCUAACCAGCAAAACUCCGAGAACAUGGCUACGGAGAAGCACAAAUUAGCCGCUGUGGAAGAGAAAACCCUUCUCCAUAUGCAGUGCUACACGUCUGGAUGGCAGAAUACUGAGCACAGUCUGAUGCAAGACGGCGGAUACCUGAGCAGCAACUCUCACUGCUACAGUCCAGGAAGUACAGGAAUCAGCUGCGCGCAGAUUAAACAUGGCGGCCCAGACAUGCUACUAUGCUCCAAUGGAAGUGUAUGUCAAAAAGACAAACGAAGACUUAGCAAAACUAGUGGGACAAGCAGCCGAACGCGGGCCAACGACCUCGCUGUUUAGCAACGGGGCAGUGAUGGACAGAUUAUACACACCUGCUGUAUGAAAUGAUUAUUGAUUUCUCAUUUAAAUGUGCACACAUAUAGACUGACAACGGCCUCUA